UAGAAAAAAAAGGAAUACAAAUUUCUGUUCUAAUUAAGGAUUAAAGAUUUUUGGAAGAUGGCUGCUCCACGAUUGCCACCACUUCCAACCAUACGAGAUAUAUUGAAAAUAUAUCGUUUGAAUGCCAUAAAACGUUUAUCUCAAAAUUUCCUCAUGGAUCACAAUUUAACUGACAAAAUUAUAAAGAAGGCGGGAAAUCUCGCUGGAAGUCAAGUACUGGAAAUUGGUCCCGGCCCAGGUGGAUUGACCCGAUCUAUCCUGAGAAGGGUCCCUGAACGAUUAGUAGUCGUAGAAAAGGAUGAAAGAUUUAAACCCACUUUAGAGAUGCUGGCAGAAUCAUUUAGCGCGAUUAAUGGAAAGAUGGAUAUAAUAUACGAUAAUAUCCUGAACACGAACAUAGAGAGUUUAUUCCCAGAGGAGAAAAAAAGGACUUGGAACGAUAAACCUCCGGAUAUCUUUCUCAUAGGCAAUUUACCAUUUAGUUUGUCGACACAUCUUAUAAUUAAGUGGCUACAUGCGAUAGCCGAGCAACGCGGACCCUGGGCGUUUGGCAGAACGAAAAUGACGUUGACGUUUCAAAAAGAGGUAGCAGAACGUUUGGUGGCUCAACCGUUUGGGGAGCAACGAUGCAGGUUGUCAGUAAUGGCACAAGCCUGGACAUUUCCAACGCUCCGUUUUAUUAUACCUGGCAAAGCUUUUGUUCCAAAACCAGAUGUCGAUGUAGGAGUGGUGUCGUUUGCGCCAUUAGUUAAACCGCGCACACAACACGAUUUUAAAUUCUUCGAAAAAGUGGUGAGGCACUUGUUCAGUUUCAGACAGAAGUACAGCAUACGAUGUAUCGAAACUCUAUUUCCAAAGGAACGCUGCAAAGAUUUAGGUUUGAUGAUGUAUAAAUUGGCUGACUUGGAACCGACGCUCAGGCCGACGCAACUUACCGUGGAAGAAGUCGAUAGAUUGGCGACCGCCUACAAAUAUCUGCUGGAGAAACAUCCGGAGCUCGAAUUGUUCGAGUAUCGCACGUCUCGACGCUUGUUACCGCUAUCAAAAACGAAAGAUAUUAUAGUAGAAGACUAUACAGAGACAGAAAUGCUGGAAGAAACAAGUAGUAAGAGUAUCUAAUCGGAGCGAUUUAUACUCGGAGACAUGCAUCAAAUUUCACUUUUAUUAAAUCGCAGGUUGCAAUGCAGCAGAUUAAUUCGUUACAAUGGAUUUCUGUUAGAACUGUGUGAGGAAAUCUGUAAAUAUACAUUUAUAUACAUACACAGAGUAUGGCUUAAUUCUUAAUUAAAAAUAUAAUACAAUGUACACAAUUCGCAUUUUGCUUUUGUUAGACGUAGUACAAAUACUGUUAAUUGGA